AUGGCGCCCAAGCUACCGCGCACUUUUGCGGUAGCAGCACUAUCGCUAUCUUGGGUGACAACAGCCUACACCAACUACUCGUCCAUCGAUGUGGACGUGAUUCGGGCACAGUUGGACCUGAUGGACAACCGACCCAAGGAUUGCCCUCCAUGCUUCAACUGUAAUCUGCCUAUCUAUUCAUGCGGCCAGUUUGCGCCGUGCAGCGAAUACAGUGGGAAAUGCGACUGUCCUGCCGGCUUCGGUGGUGACAACUGUCUUGAGCCCUUAUGCGGAUCGCUAGCUCGAGGUCGUGAUCGACCCAUGCGCAAAGGCCCCUCUUGCGAGUGUGAUGAAGGCUGGACAGGCAUUAACUGCAAUGUCUGCACAAGCGACCGGGCAUGUGAUGCUCUUACCGAGACUGGAGAUGGCGGCGUUUGCUACACUGGCGGCGAGGUGGUCAAGCAGAACUACCAAGUCUGCGAUGUCACCAACAAGGCCAUCCGGGACCUUUUGAAGGAGAAGGUGCCGCAAGUGACCUUCACCUGCAACAAGGCGUCUGGCGAAUGUGACUUCCAAUUCUGGGUUGCCGAACGCGAGUCGUUCAUGUGCCACUUAAACGAGUGUCAGUCCAGCGCAAACUUCGACCCUGCUGGAAAGAACUCGACAUCAUACAAGUGCGAAAAAAUCCGUUGCGAGUGCAUCCCGAAUCGCAUGCUUUGCGGUGAGAACGGGUCAGUUGAUAUCAGUGAUUUCCUUGUGGAAAUGAUUCGUGGUCCUGCGAGGUUCGAGUGCACACAAAGACCCGGCGAGCCAAAGAAGUGUGCCUUCCAGGAGCCAGAGAUGAAUAAUCUCAUCAGCGAUAUCUUCGGUGAUGCCAGCAUCUUCUUGACUUGCCAGGCUGGAGAAUGUCUGUACCACACCGAAGUGCCUGGCUUUUCUCCAGAAGUUCCAAAGAUCAACACCCCCCUGAUUGCCGGGGCUAUCGCCGCUUGUGGUCUGUUUUUGGUCGCAGCUAUUCUAGGCACUUGGUACCUCUCCAGGAGGCAAUUCCGUUACGGUCCAAUCCAUCUGGAUGACUCGGACGACGAGGCGAUCAAAUUGAUGGCAGACCAUAAGCCCGCUACCCUCUAUUUUUCAGAUGUCUCCUACAACCUUAACGGCAAGCAGAUCUUGUCUGGCAUUCAGGGUGUGGCUCAUCCAGGAGAGAUCACAGCUAUCAUGGGGGCGUCUGGUGCCGGCAAGACCACCUUCUUGGACAUCCUCGCGCGUAAAAACAAGCGUGGUGCUGUCACGGGAGAGUUCUACGUCAAUGGUGAAAAGGUCAGCGAUGCGGAUUACAAGAAUGCCACUGGCUUCGUCGAUCAGGAAGACACCAUGUUGCCUACAUUGACUGUGCACGAGACGAUCCUUACCAGCGCUCUGCUCCGUCUUCCGAAAGACAUGACUCGGGCGGCAAAAGAACAGAGGGUCAUUGAGGUCGAAAAGCAGCUGGGUAUUUAUCACAUCCGAGACUCUCUCAUUGGGUCAGAAGAGGGCAAAGGCCGUGGUAUCUCCGGCGGUGAGAAGCGUCGUGUAAGCAUUGCUUGCGAACUAGUCACGAGCCCCUCCAUCCUGUUUUUGGAUGAACCUACCAGCGGUCUUGACGCCUACAAUGCCUAUAAUGUCAUUGAAUGUUUGGUCACCCUGGCGAAGACGUACAAGCGAACUGUCAUCUUCACCAUUCACCAGCCAAGGUCCAAUAUCGUGGCUCUCUUCGACCGUCUGAUCUUGCUGGCCCAGGGCAAGACUGUUUACUCCGGCCCACUUCAUCAAUGCCAGGAUUAUUUUGAUCAAAUUGGCUAUAGUUGUCCUCCUGGAUUCAACAUCGCUGACUACCUGGUCGAUCUGACGAUGCAUGCCGGGGCCACCACUUCUUACGAUGAUGGUAGCCUUGCAGCAGACGACGGGAGUGUUGGACUCAGCAGCAUAAGAGCAGUCAAGUCGCUCGCUAGCAGUUCUGGGAGCAUUGAACACGACGGCACGGUUGAGUCCUCGGCCUCUCGGCCAAAGACUAAGCGCCACAACUCCGUACGGCUCAGGCAGGAGAGAGAGCUCUUUACCCGGCGCAAGCAUACGGUCGACACGGCAGCCUCCUCGGAUGCUGGAGAUGAGGUAGACGGGUCGUACAGGCUCCAGACCACACCACACAUUGUUCCACCCCAUGGAGAUGACGAUGACUUGCCACCUGCCGCCACUACAGGCACAGAUCUUGAUCUAUUGGUCCAGGCCUAUCGUCAGUCGAAUAUCGCCGCUAGUAUCCAAGACGAAAUUCAGCAAGCUGUCACUGCAGCCCUCAACAGCAACGGCCGGAAUGCUAAUGGAUAUACUCCCGACGGUCCCAACAUUAACACUGGUACCAUGGGCAAGGGUUAUGCGCGCAUUGGUUACUGGAAGCAGUUUGUCCUGCUCUCACAACGGACAUGGAGAAAUCUUUACCGUAACCCGAUGUUGAUGUUGACCCACUACGCCAUCGCCAUUCUUCUGGCCGUCUUCGCCGGCUACCUCUUCUAUGGUCUGACCAUGGACAUUGCAGGGUUUCAGAACCGCCUUGGCCUUUUCUUCUUCAUCCUUGCCCUGUUCGGAUUCAGCACAUUAACCUCGCUUUCGGUUUUCUCCCAAGAGCGUCUUCUGUUUGUUCGUGAGCGCGCCAACGGAUAUUAUCAUCCCAUCACAUAUUUCGCCGCGAAGGUGUUGUUCGAUAUCAUUCCACUACGCAUCAUCCCACCCAUCCUUCUUGGCACAAUUGUCUACCCUAUGACGGGUCUCGUGGCCGAGCUCAACAAGUUCCUUAUUUUCAUGCUCGUGCUUGUGCUCUUUAACCUUGCCGCUGCCGCUAUUUGCCUGUUCAUCGGCAUCGUCUGCAAAGAUGGGGGAGUUGCCAAUCUGAUCGGCAGCCUAGUCAUGCUGUUCAGCUUGCUGUUUGCAGGCUUGUUGCUCAAUCACAACGCAAUCCCUCCUGCUGCUCUUUGGCUUCAGUGGCUGUCGAUAUUCCACUAUGGGUUUGAGGCGCUUAUUGUGAACGAGGUCACCCAGUUGACCCUCGUUGAUCAUAAAAUUGGGAUUGAUAUCACUGUUCCAGGCGCAGCGAUUCUGAGCUCGUUUGGUUUUGAUAAUCAGGCGAUGUGGAAGGAUAUCACGAACUUGGCUGUAUUUGGGGCUGUCUUUAUUGUGUUGGCAUAUGCGGCCAUGCAUAUACUGCUCGUGGAAAGGAGGUAA